CACUUCAGUCUUUAAAGCACAAGACGGACAUGCAAGCAGUUUGUUUCUCUUCAGUCCAGCUCUUACAGCGGGAGGCUAAAGUCUGUAACUGACUCUUGCUGUUGACUCAGGACCUGCUCAGGACAGACCUUCAGCUACAGAUAACCUCUGGUGCCAGAGGAGCUGAAGCAUGAGUCAUCGUUCUCGGGCCUCCAGGGUGCGACAGCAUGUCCACUGUGACUCCUGCUACAGCCGGCGCUGCAGGGCCCGGGUGGAGGUCUCGGUGUGCUGUGCGCUCACCUCCUGCCGCCUGCUCUGUGGAGCCGUCUUCCACCUGUGCAAAGAGGAGGAUCACCUGCUGCUCUGCCCAAACGUCAGGGUGCCCUGCCUCAACGCUGCGUACGGCUGCCCGGUCCACCUGCCUCGCUCCUCGCAGGCCGCUCACCUCCAGGUGUGUCCGGCCAGCGUGGUGUGCUGCUCCAUGGAGUGGAACCGCUGGCCCGCCAACGACGCCCACUCCUAUCCAAACACAGAGCUGCAUGAAAACCUGCUCAGGGAAAGAGGGCAGGGAGGAUGUCUGGACCUGGCCAUGGCCCUGAAAGACCAGGACCGCCUGUUUCACUCCUUAAAGAUGAAGAAACUGUUCCCAGAGCUGAUCCAGAGUGUGGAGGAGGAGGAGAAAGAGGAGGAGAGGAGGGAGGAGGAGAGGAAGAAGGAGGAGAAGAAGGAGAAGCAGAGGAAGGCGGCAGAAAAGGAAGCCAGUGGUCACACCUGGGAGUCUUUCAACAGGUUUGCCUUCCCUAGAAUUACACCAAAAGAAGAUGAGGAUGAAGAUAAAGAUGAAGAUGAGGUUGAAGAUGAGGAUGAGGUCGCUGCUGAGGUGGAAGGUCAGCUGGUGCUGACCCAGGAGGAGAGGGAGGCUUUAGCCAGGGACUCAGAAGUGCAUUCUGAUCUGUUGGAGAACUACAACGCCUGGGAGCGCAUGUUCAGUAUGGAGAUGGGCGGCUGCAGAACGGCUGGGACAGGAGGAGGGAAGGCACCGGCCAGAGGGAGAGGAGGAGGCCUGGGCUCUCUGACAGAGGAGGAGGAAGACUCCUGUAUGGGUGCCGCAGCAUCAAACACCAGCGCAUGCAAUGCUUCCUCCGCAUCCUCCUCCUCCUCCUGUCUCGCUGGAUAUCAGAAGAGGAAGAAAUAUUAUUAUGGUCACAUAGAGCCGAUGAAGAUCAUCACCGUGCGUACCUUUAAAAUCCCGACCAGCUUCUGUGCCAGGCAGGGCCGCAUCCGCAACCCUGGUUUCUACAAGAGGGAGAGUCUGGCUGUGGACACCAGCGACCUGGGGGUGGCGCUACAGGACAUGCCAGUGUGGGAGGAAGUUCAGGCCUCCCUGCUGUGCUCCCUGGAGAAGGAGCAGCGGGGUCACCUCAUCGCAGAGAGCGUCUGCACCGACGGUCUGUUACAGGACGAGGGCACACAGACCUACGACUUCCUGUCUGCUCCCUUCAGGAGGAACACGACGCUGGCUGACCUCACAGCUGCCAAACCGCUGGAGCUGCACCUCCAGCUGCAGGUGGAGAGCGUCACCAGCCGCCACCACAAGGCCAGCUCCGCCUUCACCUUCCUCUGUGGACACAACUUCCAGCGCAGAGAAUACGGCACACAUUAUAAGAACAUCCACAGUGACAUCCAGAUGGGUGUGAACGGAUGGUUCGAGCAGAGAUGCCCGCUGGCCUACCUGGGAUGCACCUACAUCCAGAAGAGGUUUCAGCCGUCCACACAUGAAGCCAGCGUCUCCUACAGUGAAGACCUGGGCUGCUUCAGCCUGCAUCCCACCACCCCCGUCACUCUGGGUGAAGCCUCCCAGCCACCGGGGAGGAGAGGAGGUGGAGGGGAGGACUCCCUGAGCUCGCUGCCCUACGAGGUGCUGUGCCACGUGGCCACGUUCCUGGACGGCCUGUCGCUGUCCCAGCUGGCUCUGGUGUCCCGGCUCAUGAGGCAGGUGUGCUCCACGCUGCUGCAGGACAGAGGGAUGGUCACCCUCCGCUGGGAGAGGAAGGCCGACCCACAGGGAGGAGCCAAGUGGAGGGUGAAGCACAGUGUGUGGCAGUUCAGCACCAUGUUCUCCUCUGUGGACACGUGGCGCUUCCAGGACGGCCCGUCGAUGUCCGAGCAUAUGAAGGUGUGUCCCUACUUUGAGAGAGAGUCCAGGACGGAGAAGAUUCACCUGCCGCGUGUCAGAGAGGACGUCCAAACCAAGUCGAGCUGCAAAGCUCCCACUCUGGUUAGCUUGUUCCAGCAGAAGAGGAUCAUGAUGUAAAGCUCUGAUCCGUUAUUAUAAAACAGUGACCCUGUUGCAUGAUUGUCGUCACUGUUAUUUUAAAAUAAAGGAGAAAAAUGCCAUUAAACACACGAGUUGUGACGUGAAGGUUGGAACGCUGAUGUCUUUACAGCAAUUAUGACAUCAAAAGCACACAGACUCAAUGAACCUUUAUUUAUAACUUAUGAAAAACAGGAGGUGGUUUGCUUGAGGACUGUCUUUACAGUACCACACUAAAACUAACUUCAGGCUCUGCUGCAGAAUAAGACAAACAAGGUUGAAACCGUCUGUGUUUCAUCGUUCUGCUGCCGUGUUCUGAAUGAAGACCUUCUUCUAUCUUUGUUCCUGCUGCACUUAUGACUGUCUGCUUGUUUUAUUCCAACCUUUAUCUAUACUCAGGAGAAAACUGAGGAUGACUCAUUUAUCAAGUCAGAACAAAUCAGCAAAACAAAAGAAAAGGCCGUCCUACAAUAUGUGAGUGAAAAAACAAAUCUACAGUCUGACAUCAGGUGGCAGUAAGAUGUGUAAGACGUCACUGCUGGAACUGAUCAGCAUUCCCACUUCUGCUACUUUUGUUCCGGCUCUCUGUUUGUUCACUGAGCAGACAGGACCGCCUGUUUAUGUAGUUCUCUGUCCUGAUUGGAUAAAAUGAGCAGGGAUACCAGAAAAUGUGUUUUCUCUCCUACUGCAUGAGGAGCAGAGACACGCAUGGCUGAAC